UCUAACCAAAAAUAGCGGGGUUCUAUGGAUCCGGGUAAACGUGUUAGGAUCAUAUAGGUUUGCUGGAGGAAGAACCAAUUACCUGCUGUCUUUCUACGGUUCACUUGCUUUUCCGUCUAUAUCUUUAACUCUUUCAAUGCGGGCACAACCUUCCGCACGAUUGUUCACUACAACCUCUUAAGUUGGCGGUUCGUUUGGCAGUCUUUCAAGAAUCAUGGAGUACAAAUGGGUCACUGUUCUUUAUACUCGGCCAGCGACCUAGAUCAGUCGUGUCCCUCUCUCAUCAUCGUGUCCGUUAGCCCGUCCAUCUUUGUUUCUUCGUCCAUUCCUUCCAGGCUACCAACAGGAUUUGCUUGUUCCUCUGGUGGUGGGUUUUGGUGGCGUAGUAUGGUAGACUGUUCAACUACGGUCAGGCAGACAUCUAGCUAACGGAGAAAACUACACAACAUAUACGAACACUUCCUACACUUUUUAUACAAUACACGGUUCCAAUUCAUACAAAAUCUCAAAAACACUCCACACUGAACUGCGAACACUUACACUUUAACGGUACAAUAACGUCGCCGGCCACGUCCUUGCAGUCAGGUUGGAAGAGGGAAGGAAUGUUAAUAGCAACCUUUGUUAUGUGAAAGUCCCGGGCCCCCACAAAAACCUUUUUUGGUUGCUAACAUUAGCUUUAUUUUUCAUAUUCCUCAAGUACACUCAUUGCACAAUUAUGGGUCACUCAAGGAACAAUCAUUUCAUACUAUGAAUAAUUUUUCAUACAAAAAUAACACUUUCAUGAUUUUUAUUUUAUAUUCUCUUCAUUGAAACUCCUUUUCAUUGUUUUAUAUAAAAACCUUCUUGUAAAAUUCACUUUAGGCGGUGAAAAUUACCAAAAUGCUGGUGAAUAAUAAAAACCACAAAUGGGUCAAAAUUGGCUGUGUAACAAUUAUGGGUCAAUUUGUUGCCUAUUAUGGGUCACUCAAGAGGAAUCGGCUCAACAAUAAUGUUUUGUCUAUUUUUUUCAAUGAAUGAUCACUUAUUCUAGAUAGAUCAACUAUAGUAGAAUCUAAAACUGGUCUCAAACCUUUUAACGAAGUGUGUUUUCACGAUUUGGAAUCAAUUUUUCAAAAUUGGAACAAAUUUUCCCACACAACCACCGAUAAACGCCUAAAAGUAUGCAAUGCCCAUGUACGCAGAACUCUAUGCUGCACAAAAAGUGACCUAUAAUUGUGUGAUUUUCGGUGUUCCUUGGCACAAUAAUGAGUCACAUAAAUUUUGCCUGAAAUAAGCGUAAAUUAGCUGUAGUCACAUGAAUUUCUACAUUUAGAACGUAAAUUAUACGUUUGUUCUGGUGACGAUACCAUUUCGCACUUGAUAAUCACUAAAGCUCGCUUUUACAGAGCUCACGAAAGCAGCGCACGCACUUUCCGAUAUUCACAAUCGAAGCGUUACUUUGACAGAUGGUUUUGCGCUGAACAAAAAAAAAAUAUUUAAAAUAUGUAUGUUUUGACGUAUAAGCCCGUGUUCCAUACGUAUAGCGGCACAAAACAAAUCAACUUAUGAACGAAAAAUGAUAAUGGCUAACAAAAGCUUGCAAUUAAUUAGUAUUUAUCUAUUAAAGUGGCAAGUGACUAAUAAUUAUGUGUGACCCAUAAUUGUGCAAUGACUGUACAGCCCCCACUCGCAUAACAGUCCCAUUUGCAAAAAGUAGGAAUUGAGAAAACGGCAUUUGAAGUUUGAAAACUUGUUUCCAUAUAAAAUUUUGAAAAUUCGCCAAAAUUUUAAAAAUAUUUCCAUCAUCUCGAAACUUUCACAGAUUGCUUUGCACAUGAAUAUAUAACUGUAAAAAAUGUUACAAUCACUACAAAGUUGUUCAGUUUUGUGUUACGUAACACAAAAAUCCAUGAUGGGACUGUUAUGCGGGUACUUUUGAUAUGGGACGCUCAUAACUUGGUAUUUUUUUCACACAUUGACAUAAAAAUUCGUAAUUUUUAUUGGUGUUUUUGGAAGUACAUAAACAAUGAUGACUAUUCAUAACGUUAACUCAAAAGUGAUGAAAAGUCAAAUGGGACUGUUAUGCGAGUGGGGGCAGUGUACUCUUCAAAAAUAAGGAAAAACAUUUUUGGUCAUCUCUCCGAGGGGCCUCCACAUUCGCUUGGGCCCCGGGCCCCCACAAUCCUUAAUGUGGGCCUGAUUAAGCGUGACAAACAUUUUGUAUACUUGAGCUAAAAAAUGUUUUUAAAAUUGCGUUUCAAUUCUCGUUGAAAAUUAUAUUAUGCCUCUCAAGAAAAAUCAGAAUAUGGCUAUUAUCUGCCUCUGGCUUAUGCUAUAAGCGCGACAGUUACUAAUCAUAACAGCCUCACCAGAUUUCAUAAACUAUUUUAUUUCAUUAUAUGGGGUUUGACAGCAAGCACACUCAUUUCACUGAGCCACUCCCCAACUAACAUUUUUGCUGUAUAAGAGUGUAAAAACCACUCUUAAGCAAACUCCAGCUAAAGAAACUGUUGUUCAGCUACUUAUGUUCCUGGGGAUCUUGCCACAAUUACAUUCAAAAACAUCUGUCACUUCGCGAAACCCACGGGCUUUUGUUUUAGGCGGGAACAUAAUUUCUUUUGUUUUGCCUUGCGAGUGUCACUGCGGUUGUAUGCCUUGCGGGCGUACGACCGCCGCCGUACUCUAAUAAAAGACAAGCGCGACAGGAACUAGAUUUUAAGUGUUAUCUCUGAAAUUGCAAGAUUGUUAAUAAAAUUAUUUUCAAAGGGGAAGAACUGUAUCAUCUAUGUCUUUAGAGUGCGAGCGAAAAGCUCGACUGAUUCCGUUUAACGGAAACGAGAUGUUUUUGGCUGUGUAUGAGGUGGCUGUGAUAAAAAGGCGAAUAAAGCAAAGACGAGUCAGUUCUAGUUGAAAUCUUAUAGCGUACAGUGGUGUUCUAUUUCAAUCUGAGAAGCGUGCUUAAAACUGAAUAGAAGCCAAGUCCAAGUGCAAUAGGUUUUUAAAAAAACCCUUCAUGACGAAGAGAACAAAACUGCCGAAAAUACGUAAUUUCCCCUAUAUCUAUAAUUAUAGUUUGCCACGAUGGAACCUCUACUGUAGGAAUAUCUCAUGAAAGUGAAGCAAGUGAAGAGCUUCAACGUGAAUCAUAUAUUCGAAAUAAAUUAUCUCUCACUCACUGUUUCGGCUCUCGACCCUCUCGACGGCGUUCAUACUCGGGCUGAUUCUGAUGGUGAGCCGACAUAAAUGCGGUUCAUAUGAAAGUUCAUUCGCACAUAUAUAAAAACGUAAACGCGUACCUAUACAAACAAAAAAUGUUUGUUUGUUGUUCUUCAGACGGCCGGCUAAGACCGAUCACGGUCCAUCUCACCAACAGCCAAAUCAUAGCGUAACCACGAUCAACAUUGAGGGUCGAGAAUAAUUGAGCUUUGGCUAUGAUAAAAUUGGAUUGUUGAAAUCGAAAGUGAUCAUUUACCUAGACCAGAUCGAGAAAACAAGCUAGCUUAUCACAGUUUUCUACUGUCCUUAAGUUAAAUAAUUCAAGAAUAAACUAUGGCCUCUAUUUCAAUAAAAACGGAAAUAAAAUUGGAAUCGGAAGGCUUGCUUCUUGAUUUCGCCCAGGACAACAUAAAGGAUUGUACAGAGAUCGAUCAUCGAAGAAUUGAAGAUGAGCCACUUGUUGGUGGAGGCGAUCUGAUCGACAUAGGUGAAGUAAAAGUGGAAUUUCGUCUAGAGGAAACAGGCCAAUCAGAUAAAUCGUCUGCCACUUUGAAACAGACUUUGGAUGAUCAGUACUCAUGUUCAGAAUGCAAUCAGUCGUUUAGUAGGAAAAUCCAACUUCAAAACCACGUUAAAACUCAUAGUUUAAAAGAUCAGCAGUCAAGCAACACGGACGAUGAACAUGGAACAGAUUACAGCUCAGCUACUUCUGCCGCCACCAGUAAGCAAUCGAUUCCAGCUAACAAAGCAACUGAUGAUAGCGUUCAACUACCGCAGUGCGAUGUGUGUCACAAAACGUUUUCGGAAAAGAGGAAACUAUGGAACCACAAGCGGUUUCAUCAACCAAAAAACCAUGUGUGCCAGGUGUGCAAAACAUCGUUUUCAGACAAAUGGUCACUGAAAAUACAUGAAAAUAAGCACAAUCAAUCGAGUCAAAUCAAGAAGGCUAAACCGAAAGAUAAAAUAAGAGAAAGAAAUAAAAGAAGCAAAUUGAGAUCCCAGGCUGGAGGACCUUUCAAGUGUGAUUUAUGUCCAAUGAUAUUUCUUUACGACCACUCGGUACCGGCACACAUGCGAAAAGUACACGAACCGAAAAAAUAUGCGUGCGAAUGCGGUGAUAAAUACGCAACUCGCUCUUAUUUGUUAAAACAUAUUCAGAGGCGUAAUAAAGGCGUAACAACAGAGACUGAACACAAAGAAUCGCCUACAAAUGAAAGUCAACCGUCAUCCUUCCCGUGCUCUAAUUGUGAUAAGGUGUAUUCAUCAGCGAUAGGCCUGUGGAACCACUGCAGAUAUGUCCACAAGAAGCAACAUGUGUGUUCUAUGUGCAGUAUAUCGUGUGAAUCUGAGGAAAAUUUGGCGCGACACAUUAAGCUUAAACAUAAUCUUGAAAGCAAAGAUUCAAUCCCAGGCCAAGAGUGCGAUUUUUGUAAAGAAUCUCUUCCAAAUGCAAUGGAACUGAGGCGUCACAAGGAGACACUUAAACACUACUGUUGCAAACCAUGCAAUAAAACAUAUGGAAAAUCUUGGUUUUUGCGAGCCCACAUAAAGCGAGCGCACAGACACGACGGUGAGUCAUUCGAGUGUAAAACGUGCAAUAAAGUGUUUUCAACCUACGUGCAAAGGUUCGCCCACAUGAAAUCUCAUAAUCUGAAAGAGCAUGCAUGCGCUAGCUGCAACAAAGUGUAUUUAAAUCAUGCGUGGCUGACGAAACAUUGGGAAUCCCCUUACAAUAAGUGCCGUCAACCAGAAAAUAUGAAUUCUGAAGAUUCACCACUCACUCGUGUUCCGGAGAAUGAUUCCAAUGAAGGAAUUGCUGCAAGUUUGGUUGAGAAUAAACUUGGAGAAGGCAAGCACACCGACCAAAAGGCUCAAACCGUUAAAUCUCAGAAAAAUAGAAGCAAUUUAUCUAGAAAGGAAGUUCAUAAUCGAAACCGGUUGGGCAAACAUUUAACAACUAAGUCGAUUAAGAAGCAGACAAUGUUAAAAGACCACCGCAAAGCAGCUGAUCUGCCGAGUCGAAAGACUUCUAAUGGACUUUCAUGUUCAAAAUGCAGCCGAACAUUUAACCGGCAAUGCCAGUUGGAGAUGCACUUGAGAUCACAUGUUACCGAAACUACAGAACGGAACGAGAACGGUGAUGAACGUGCUCCAGAAGAAGCUGGUUCGGACUUCAGUGCAGAUAGCUCUGAUGACGAUCCAUCAUUUCUUCAACAUUUGGACAAACACAUGAAAAAUCAUACCAACAUGAUUCAUGAUAAUAAGAAAAAGCUUCUUUCGGAGGGCAAUGCAGCACUCAUUGAACCAAAGGAGAUAAAAAUCGAACCUAUUGAGGAAAGCGAUAUAGAACCUGAAACGCAAAGACCAAGCUCUACAAGUACACCAGAAACCCUUACUCAACGCGGCAGUCGUCAGAAUAGCAGUGCGAUUCGUAGUCGUGAGGGAGAACACCAUGAUGGAUUGUUUAUCGGGGAGAUAGAAUGUGAACCAGCAAUGAUCGACAUAGACGACGUGAAAGUUGAGUCCAAUACAGGGGGUGAUGUUGAAUUCCAUAUUGAUGUGGAUGUACUACCAGAUAAAACUUCGAGUGAAAUCUGCGCCAACGCAAGCAAUGUACAAUCUGGACGGGCACUUUGGAGCCACUACAGGACCGUCCAUGGGCCAAAGAACCAUAUGUGCCGUAUUUGCGAAAUUGGGUUCCCUUUUCUGAAAGAGUUGAAGAAGCAUGAGGUAACCAACAAGCAUGUUAUGAAACUGAAGGAAAUCGAGGAAAAUCAGUCGUCAAAAGUCCAAAAAGAAUCCGAAGAUAUUUCAGAUGUCUGCGAAAACCAACAAAUGACAGAAAACAAUAACAAAAAUCCAAGUUCGAAGCCAAAUCGGAAGCUUAAACGAAAACGGCAAGCUAAAGAAUACAUGAAUAACUAUAGCGAAGUAGAAGAAGAACAACCAAUCCACCGAAAGCAUAAGGAAUACCUGACUGAGGAAGCUGAUGCUGAUUACAGGCCGCAUAUCUCUACCACCGAUCAGUCACUUCAAAGUAUUCUCAGUGGUGAUGGUGAACAACUGCAUUGUGAUAUCUGCCAUGAGGUGUUCCCAAACGAUAAGAAACUGAUGCUUCACAAGAAAUAUCAUGGUUCGAAACGGCACGAGUGUUCCAUCUGCGGGAAGACAUUCCUGAAUCGGUUUGUACUGCAAGAGCACAUAUCGUCGCAUGGUUCCAGAAAACCCAAACCCAAAUCAGCAAAAGCGGUGGUGGUACCACAGCGAAAUGUUCCUGGUAAACCGUACAAGUGCCACAUCUGCCAAAAGAAACUAUUUCAGCAACAUUUAGCUACAAAAAGUAUUAAAAAAACAUCCAUAAUGGAUACUGUGGUAAUAAAAAAAGAACCAGAAGUUGCGAAGAAUACGUAUCAAAUUUGUCGACUCUGCUUGAGUGAGGACUCCCUGGAUGAUGUGUUCAAGGAAGAAGAACUACAUCAAUGGAUAGCGGAGUAUCUUUCAAUCACGAUAUCAUCCGGAGAUUCCAUGAGUCAGGUUAUUUGCGUUAUUUGUCGAAUACGGUUAACCGAAUUUCACCAGUUCCGGGUACGCUGUCAGGAAGUGCAAGAUGUCCUACAAUCACUGGAUCAGAAUGAUAAUUCCGAGGCUAACAGUGAACUGUUGACCAACAAAAUGCUACCAAGAUACGGAUGUACUCAUUGCGGGAAAAUGUUUGUACUACGCUAUCAUUUGGAUCAGCACGCGGUGACCCAUACGAAAGUGAUUCGUGAAAAUCAACUUAAAACCGUUAUAAGCGAAAAACAACAUGUAGGCUCGUCAGAAGAAACUCGAGAACGUAAAACAGACACUGUAAAUCUGGCAAAAGAUAGAGUGAAUGGAACUUCGAAUCACGAGAAUCGUGAACCUCAAGAAAUUUCUGCGGCGUUGGUUUCUAAGAAACCAAAGAAAAACCAGGUACAAAAAGUUCGCGAAAAAAGAAGUCCUAAGAAAGUUCAUCCUAAAGAACCAACAACUGUGCGAACGACUGUUCUCGAAGACAUGAUUGAUAUCGAAGACAUAAAAAUUGAACCCCAUGGAGAUGAUGAUGAUGGAUGUUCAAACAUAUCGGUAGACCAGCCGUCUUCUCUACCGCUUGAUAUCGAUAACGACAAUAGCCAAGACAUGCAAGUGGCUCCCAUAGAUGUCAGCCAAAUUGUACUGGAAAAACCUGUACUAUAUCGAGACAAAACUGUUCCGUGCCCCCUGUGCCAUAAGAAAUUUAGAACCAAGCUUCUUCUUUGGAAUCACAACCGAACAACCCAUGGGCCAAAAGUACACAAAUGCAAAGUUUGCAAAGCUCGUUUUGCCAUGCCAAAUGAAUUGGAGAAACACAAUACUACUAGCAAACAUAAAACCAAUUUGCAAAAAUUUCUUGAUAAACAACAAUCAAUUAAACGAAGGCAAAGGCAAAGAGAUGAGACUGAGAUUCUGACGAAACAAAUCAUUGUGAACAAUGAAGAGGAAUACUCAUGUCCGACAUGUAAUCAAGUAUUCAAACGACAAUGUCAGUUCAAAGCUCACAUGCUGGAACACACAUCGAAAGUUGAACACGUGCAGCUGAGUGAUUUGGAUGAUUCAGAACCUGAAGUAGUUGUUUCGGAACAAAGCGCAAAAACAGCUAGCGUUGAACAGCCACCCGAAACACAAGAAACUGUCGUUGAUUUGCCUUGGAAGUGUAGCCAUUGUCAUAGAGCGUACACUGAUGAGGCGAAGUUGAAAAAUCACCAGAGAUUUCACAAACCGAAGAACUUCAAGUGUCCUAUAUGUGAAAGACCCUUCCUCAGACAGGGUUUAGUAGACAAGCAUAUUCCAGUUCAUAACGAAGUUCGUACCUGGCCAAUUACACCAUCCAAAGAAAAGAGCCAGGAAAGACCAUACAAAUGUGAUAUAUGUCAAAAAACGUACAUGUCGCAAACGGCUUUAUGCGGCCACAAAAAGCAAGUACAUGGGCCAAAAAUUCAUGAAUGCCACAUAUGUAAAUUUUCAUUUUCACUGCGAAAAGACCUGGCGCGACAUGUCGCAACGCAUUACCGCUCAAAUGGGGGUUUUUACUAAACCAUUACAAAUUAAAUGGGAGAAUGAAAUACUUCUUUUGUAUCACAUCUAUGAAACAGCACCACGGAUUCCACACCCGCAACGC